AUGGCGGCGAGCGCAGGCUACGUGCGGCUGUGGGCGGCAGCGCGGUGUUGGGCACUCCGGCGGCCGCUGCUGGUUCCUCGCGGGAGCCGUGUGCCGAGCCCGUCUGGGCCGUGGCAGCGCCGAGGCCGGCGGGGAAGCGACGCAGCGGCUCCCUGGACGCUGUGGGGCCGCAGCGCGGCAGGUGUGGGGCAGUGGCGCGGACUGUGGGACGCAGGAGGCCGCGGAGGCGGCGGCGACGAGGCCUCGGAGGGCGGCGCGGAGGACGGAGCCGCGGCGGGUGCCGGGGAAGGGCCAGUGGUCACCGCGCUGGCGCCCAUGACCGUCCCGGACGUGUUCCCGCACCUGCCCCUCAUCGCUAUUACCCGCAACCCGGUGUUCCCGCGGUUCAUCAAGAUCGUGGAGGUUAAAAAUAAGAAGCUGGUUGAGCUACUGAGAAGGAAAGUCCGUCUGGCCCAGCCCUAUGUGGGAGUCUUUCUAAAGAAGGAUGACAACAAUGAGUCAGACGUGGUAGAGAGCCUGGACGAGAUCUACCACACGGGGACUUUCGCCCAGAUCCACGAGAUGCAGGACCUUGGGGACAAACUACGCAUGAUCCUCACAGGCCACAGAAGGAUCCAUAUUAGCCGGCAGCUGGAGGUGGAGCCUGAGGAGGAGCCUGAGAACAAGCAGAAGACUCGGAGAAAGCCAAAGCGGGGCAGGAAGGAGACAGAAGAGGAGCUGGGCGUCAAGCCCCAGCCUGAGGGGGUGGCUGGGCCCCCCACAUCCACCAGGGAGGUGCUAAUGGUGGAGGUGGAGAACAUUGUCCAUGAAGACUUCCAGGUCACUGAAGAGGUCAAAGCCCUGACCGCAGAGAUCGUGAAGACCAUCCGUGACAUCAUUGCCUUGAACCCUCUAUAUAGAGAGUCAGUGCUGCAGAUGAUGCAGGCUGGCCAACGUGUGGUGGACAACCCCAUCUACCUGAGUGACAUGGGCGCCGCUCUGACAGGCGCUGAGUCGCAUGAGCUGCAGGAUGUGUUGGAGGAGACCAAUAUCCUGAAGCGUCUCUAUAAGGCCCUGUCGCUCCUGAAGAAGGAGUUUGAGCUGAGCAAGCUGCAACAGCGCCUGGGCCGUGAGGUGGAGGAGAAGAUCAAGCAGACACACCGCAAGUACCUGCUGCAGGAGCAGCUGAAAAUCAUCAAGAAGGAGCUGGGGCUGGAGAAGGAGGACAAGGACGCCAUCGAGGACAAGUUCCGGGAACGCCUGCGCACGCUGGUGGUGCCCAAGCAUGUGAUGGAUGUGGUAGAUGAGGAGCUAAGUAAGCUGGCCCUGCUGGACAACCACUCCUCUGAGUUCAACGUCACACGCAACUACUUGGACUGGCUGACAUCCAUUCCGUGGGGCAGAUACAGCAAUGAGAACCUGGACCUGGCGCGGGCACAGGCGGUGCUGGAGGAGGACCACUACGGCAUGGAGGAUGUGAAGAAGCGCAUCCUGGAGUUCAUCGCAGUCAGCCAGCUCCGAGGCUCCACACAGGGCAAGAUCCUCUGCUUCUACGGGCCACCUGGCGUGGGCAAGACCAGCAUCGCACGCUCCAUCGCACGAGCACUCAACCGCGAGUACUUCCGCUUCAGCGUUGGGGGCAUGACGGACGUGGCGGAGAUCAAGGGCCACAGGCGCACCUACGUGGGGGCCAUGCCCGGGAAGAUCAUCCAGUGUCUGAAGAAGACAAAGACUGAGAACCCGCUAGUGCUGAUCGAUGAGGUGGACAAGAUUGGUCGUGGCUACCAGGGCGACCCAUCUUCGGCACUGCUGGAGCUGCUAGAUCCAGAGCAGAAUGCCAAUUUCCUGGAUCACUACCUAGAUGUGCCAGUGGACCUGUCCAAGGUGCUGUUCAUCUGCACAGCCAAUGUCACUGACACCAUCCCCGAGCCACUGAGGGACCGAAUGGAGAUGAUCAAUGUGUCUGGCUAUGUGGCACAGGAGAAGCUGGCCAUUGCUGAGCGCUACCUGGUACCACAGGCCCGGGUGCUAUGUGGCCUGGACGAGAGCAAAGCAAGGCUAUCGGCUGAUGUGCUCACACUGCUCAUCAAACAGUACUGCCGUGAGAGUGGGGUGCGCAACCUGCAGAAGCAGGUGGAAAAGGUGCUGCGGAAGGCUGCCUACAAGAUUGUAAGUGGGGAGGUGGACACAGUGUGGGUGACGCCAGAGAACCUGCAGGACUUUGUGGGGAAGCCUGUGUUCACUGUGGAGCGCAUGUACGAUGUGACACCACCUGGUGUUGUCAUGGGCCUGGCCUGGACCGCCAUGGGAGGCUCCACACUGUUUGUGGAGACAUCCCUUAGGCGGCCACCACAGAGAGACGGCAGGGAGGACAAGGAUGGCAGCCUGGAAGUGACUGGCCAGCUGGGGGAGGUGAUGAAGGAGAGCGCCCGUAUUGCCUACACCUUUGCCCGUGCCUUCCUCAUGCAGAGGGACCCUGAAAAUGACUUCCUGCUAACCUCACAUCUCCACCUCCACGUGCCAGAGGGCGCUACCCCAAAGGAUGGCCCCAGUGCAGGCUGUACGAUUGUCACUGCACUGCUGUCCCUGGCUCUGGGGCGGCCAGUGCUGCAGAACCUGGCCAUGACUGGUGAGGUCUCCCUCACUGGCAAGGUGCUGCCUGUGGGUGGCAUCAAGGAAAAGACCAUUGCGGCCAAGCGAGCAGGCAUAACGUGCAUCAUCCUACCUGCUGAGAACAGGAAGGACUUCUCAGACUUGGCGCCCUUCAUCACGGAGGGCCUGGAUGUGCACUUUGUGGCGCACUACCAAGACAUCUUCCGCAUCGCAUUUCCUCUGCAUGAGCAGGAGCCUGCAGCACUGGCUGUGGAGCGGUGAUGCCCAGCUGUGGGGUUGGUGAGGAGCCCAGGGACCUGACUAUAAAAUCAUGGUAUGGCAAAGAGCCAUGAGCUGCUUGUAGGAUCAUGAAUAAAAUGAACGUUUGCAA